AUGAAUAAGACACCUCACUCCCUGCUGUUUCUGUGGCGCCGACCACUGCUCCUCCUACUGCUGUUGUUUCUGUGCUGCGCCAGUGUGUGUGUUGCGCAGAAGGACGGCGGCGACGCACCAUCGACUGGUGUUGUGCGGGAGUUGCCCCGCAAGGGACAGAGUGGUAUGCAGGCGUACACCGUCGCCACACAGGAGAAUGAAAAAUGGGAGCCAAUCCGCAUUAAGGCGUUCACGAGGGACUUGGAGGACAAAUCGAAGUACUGUACGGAAGUUAACCAAAAGAUCGUUUCUUUUUUCGGGAAUGUGGUUAAAUGUUUUGAAGCAGAUGACCUCAACGAUGAAAGGCACAGAGAAUACAUCAAUGAGAUUAUUCCCGCUGCCAUCAAACUGCAUGAGGAACGACUGCGUGUACAACCCCAUAAAGGCAAAAUAAUCGUGCCCGAACUUGAGGGAGACUACUGUGAGAAUUUCACUGUACCCGAAGAGCACCGCACUGAAGGUGUUGACGCUGACUUUGUGUUCUACGUAGCUGCCGUACCGUGGCAUUAUACGUUUGGUCUCACAUGUGCAACAGAAGAAUCGUCAGGUCGCCCAAUCGUUGGGGUCAUGAAUUUCAUUCCCUCUUUAUACGGUGGCCUGCGAUUGAACGUUCGUCGUGCUGCGCACGAGAUGGCACACGCACUGGGAUUCAAUGUUAUUGAUAUGGGUGAGAAGAACAUGUUGUCCCAUGUCAUAAUUCGCGGCAAUAAUCGUACGGUGGUGAGUUCCGAGUUGACGAAAAAGAAGGCGCAGGAACACUACGAUUGCCCUGAUCUGGAGGGUGUGGAGCUGACACUAAGGGAUGAGGCUCACUGGUUGCAACGUGUGGCGAAGGACGAAUUGAUGGCAGCGCCAAGAGAAUCUGGUGCCGGCUACUAUACAGCACUGACAAUGUCAACAUUUGAGGGUCUGGGGUACUACAGGGCAAACUGGGGAAUGGAGGAGCCAAUGAGCUGGGGCCACAAGGGCGGCUGUAACUUCCUCAAGGAAACUUGCACUGAAAACGAGAAGCACUAUUCUGAACAAUUCUGCAAUGACACUACUGCUUUGCGAUGCACGUCGGACCGCACUGCGUACGGUAUGUGGUAUCGGGGCCAACAAAGGGAAUAUCAAGGUCCUAAUGAUGUCUGUCAUGUGAUUGGGAGUUUUGUUAAGGGCAACGAUAACGUAAAGACCUAUACUUAUUGUACUGGGGCUGAGACCAACGCCCUUCCUGGAUCGCUGAUGGGCCCUGACUCGUGGUGCCUGGAUGGUGAGGGACUGCAGGUGCAAAAUGCUGGGGAGAGUGUUGAGAGCCUGUCCGGUGUGUGUGCGCGGGUGUCGUGUGAUGAACGCAGACGUACAGUGAGUGUACAGUACAAGGGUAGCGACACAUUUAAGGAAUGUCCCGAAGGCACCUCAAUCGAUGUCGAAUCCUCUGCGUUCCAAAGCGGUGGUAAGAUCAAGUGCCCCAAGUACGAUGAGGUGUGUACCAUCGCAUUAAAUGGCAGCAGUCUUGUUCCAUUUGUUAACCCACAUCAACCAUCAGCAGUAGGUGCGACCUUAAUAAAUGGAAAAGAUAAUGCAAACACCAAUGAUCCGUCAAAAUAUCCAGGGGUUGUGAAUCAAGCUCAAAUUAACAAUAUGCAGAACAGCACAGGGAUUUUAACUGAACUUGCUAAAGAUAACGCUUUUUCUGCAGUUUACUCUUUUCCCAUCAUGAUUGUCACCAUGGUUCUUGCUGUGGUGCUGUCUUGCUGA